AUGGCAAUGAAACAAAAUGAACAAAACCACCAAGAACAACAGCAACAACAAAGCCGUUCACUUUUGUUGGAUGCUUUGUUGUGUGAAGAGGAGAAAUGGGAGGAGGAUGAAGGGGAAGUAGUGCAAGAUUCUUUAGAGGAAGUGACCAGUGAGAACUACAAAAAUGACAUUAAUGGGCACAACCCAGCCUGCCCUUCUCUGUUUCCCCUGCUCUUGUUGGAACAAGAUCUGUUCUGGGAAGAUGAAGAGCUUGUCUCUCUCUUCUCUAAAGAAGAGCAGCAGCAGACCCAUUUCAUCAAACACUUGGAGGACAUGGGAAACGAAGCAGCAGAGCACUCUUUGAUCUCUGUGGCUCGUCGUGAAGCUGUCUUGUGGAUGCUCAAAGUCAAUGCCCAUUAUGGGUUCACUGCUCUCACUGCAAUCCUAGCCAUUAACUACUUUGAUAGGUUCAUCUCCAGCCUCCGUUUUCAGAGGGACAAGCCAUGGAUGGUGCAGCUUGUGGCUGUCACCUGUCUCUCCUUGGCAGCCAAAGUGGAAGAAACCCAAGUGCCUCUUCUUCUGGACCUUCAAGUGGUGGACACAAAGUAUGUGUUUGAGGCCAAAACGAUUCAAAGAAUGGAGCUUUUGGUGCUCUCAACUCUCCAAUGGAAGAUGCAUCCAGUGACCCCACUUUCAUUCCUCGACCACAUCAUAAGGAGGCUUGGAUUGAAAACCCUUCUCCACUGGGAGUUUCUCAAGCGCUGUGAGCGUCUUCUUCUCUCUGUGGUCGUUGAUUCAAGAUUCAUCGGUUAUUUGCCUUCUGUGUUGGCCACUGCAACAAUGAUGCGCGUUAUAGACCAUGUUGAGCCUUGUAAUGCCAUGGAAUAUCAAAACCAGCUUCUGGGUGUUCUCAAAAUAAGCAAGGAAAAGGUGAAUGAUUGUUACAGUCUCAUCCUGGAGCUGUCCAAGGCCUAUGAUUGUGGCUACAACAAUCCCCACAAGCGCAAGCAUGAACAAAUCCCAGGCAGCCCAAGUGGGGUAAUUGAUGCAUAUUUCAGCUAUGAUGAAAGCUCAAAUGAUUCUUGGGCAGUGGGCUCAUCAAUUUCUUCAUCCCCGGAGCCACUCCUCAAGAGGAGCAGAGCAGCAGAGAAGGACCAACAGAUGAAAAUGGCUUCACUCAACAGGCUCUUUGUGGGAAUUGUGGGUAGCCCUCCUUAA